AUGGGGAAAUCACAGUCCAAGCAGCAGACAUCUAAGUCAUCUAAGCCGGAAGAUGAGAAAUCGAAUUAUGUACGUUUCGCCUUAGUAGGAUCAAGUGGUUCUGGGAUGUCGGCUUUUGUCAAUGCUGUCAGAGGGUAUAGUCAAAUUUUAUGAUUUUUACAGGGAAAUUCCACGCAUACCAGGGUUUUCAUGAACAUUCUGUUAACUCUCAUGGCUCAUUCAAAUGAGAUGAACAUGCAAGACUCAAGGAUUGAAUGACAGUCAGAAAACGAGCGUUUCCUUCAGAGUUAAUUGCAGAAAACCCGUCCAUUAUUAGACCGUACCAUUGCUAUAGUAAAUAAUACCAUACAGUAUCAUAUUAAGUCACUAUGUUAGUGGACUCAAUCGGUCAGAAAUUCUCGUAUUUAAUAUAGCUAGGAGGCAACUUUACUGCAUGUGUAUCCAUGUACAUAUACCCACCAAAAUAUACAUUACAGUGGCUACCCAUAUAUCACAACUACAACUUAAAAAUUGAUUAAUGCUAACAUAACAGUGUGCCUCAUUCUCGGGUAAAACUUGACUACGUUCCGGCCGCAAAAAUAUACAGUUAUACUUAUUCCCGAGUCAACGGCGCGGAGCGCUGUUCUUGGCGUAAGCCCGGGGAGAGGGUACUAAUUCCGUCCGGCUAUUUACACCCGGGGAAAGGAACGCACUAGCGGAGUCCAAAGUUUAUCAAAUAUCGCGGGCGCAUGGUGUAUGGGUGGUCAUCUCACUGAUCUCAAAAUAUGGUUGUUUGCCAGGGGUGAAGAAUGGGAAAAUAUAAAAAAUAGAUGUAAGAAAGCUUGGAAAAUCGUUUCUCAUAACUUGGCUAGUUGACUAGUAAAUCUGAGGCAUUAUCUACCACCUGUAGUAAAUAAUGCUUUUCUUAACGAAUGAUUAGGCAAAUUUGGUUUCAAAAUCGACAAAAUAUUGAAAAAAUCGUCCCAGAAAACGAAAAAAAAAGCACAAAAUGUUGUAUUUAACUUGAAAGGUAGGAUUUCUUUCAUAUUACUGUGUCAAACAUAUUCACGGACAAUUUAAAACUUAUUUAAAACUCCGAAACAUUCGCUUCAGACAAAUCUGAACUGAAUAGCAAAAACUAUCCCGACUGUUGGGAAAAGCCGUAAUAUUCUUUUUAAAACAAUUUUGUUUUGUAUCCUAUAAAUAUCUCAAUUUGUACGUACGAUACUAUUUCUUUUGAUAUGUCGUGUUUUCAUUGUGCUGUAUGGUGUCCUGUCGCUGUAUUGUACUAUUGUGUUUUUGAAACUUGUAAAGUGAAAAGUGUAUUAAAACUUUUAUAUUAAUUCGAAGGAUAUAGUUUUACAUUUCAUUUUACCAAAUUUCUCAGCCAUUUCCUGAAAAAUUAUUGCUAAGCAAAAACUAUUUUUUAAUUCUGGUAAAAAAGUCAUUCCAUCAUUGUGUUUAUAUCGUAAUAAUAUACAUAAAGAUAUUACUCGACUGUGAUUGGUUGAUUUCAGUGCAGUUAAUCUCAAACAGCAGUGCAAUUUUCUGUAAUCACAGUGCAAUUUUCUGUAAUCACAGUGCAAUUUUCUGUAAUCACAGUGCAAUUUUUUGUAAUCACAGUGCAAAAAUCUGUAAUCACAGUCACAGAAUAGGAAGUUAUACCAGAAGCGUAACUCUAGUCGUUUCCCUUAUUGUUUGAAGUCCACGAAAAUUUUAACUCGCUCACGUCAGGCCACGCCAUCCUGGCUAGUACAGUCGGAAGUUUUUAUCAGGAUUUGGUAGGUACAAAGUGCCGGUUGUACUAGCCAGGAUGGCGUGAUUGAUGACGAAUCGCUUGUAAAAACGCGGACAAAUAUUUGCUCGAGUUACGCUUCUGGUAUAACUUCCUAUUCUGUGUCACAGUGCAAAAAUCUGUAACAAACUGAUCUGAUUGGUGGAAAAACAUUGUGAUGAUUAAAUCAACCAAUCAGUUUAAAGCAAUUUAGUUUAAAGAAGUAACGGUCACAGAUUGCUUCAAAACAAAACAAACAUGGCGCCGCGCUACAGUGAAGUAAAAGUUGCUUUCGCGUGAAAAAUAUGGCUUUUAUCUUUAGUUUUAAAUGGAAAAGCAUUGACCUUAAACAAGACUAGCAAAAAUUACAUAGUUGAGUGGAAUUUUCAAGCUGUUAGCGUUGCAUAAUGUGAUAUAACAAAGCCAGCUAGGAAAAGUUUGCCGGUGGAAUGUUUGCUAUAAACGCGUAAGUUAAAACUACAAUUGUCUCGAACAUUUUUAUGUAAAUUAUUAAUAAGUAAUAGCAUGGUUUCUCGUGAAAUUUGGAUAAACAUGCACUCGUGAGUUUUUCAAAGACCUCAAAUAGCACUCGUCCUUCGGACUCGUGCUAUUUCGAGGUCUUUAAUUGAAAAACUCACUCGUGCAUGUUAUAUCCAAAUUGCACUCGAAACCAUGCUAUUACCUAUACUAAGCAGACAUCGAGAAAAAUAACUUAGUAAUAAAGCAAUAAAGUCGCACAGGAAGCCAUUUUGAAAGCGUGCGUGUACAAUAAACACUGCAACACUAAACCGUAAACCGGUCGAAAACAGUUUUAUUUCUGAAUUUUAAUUAAACUAAUAGUUGGAUAACUUGGAUAUUUUGCUCUAUUCAUUAAAAAUUUAUACUAAAACAAUUAUUCGCCUCAGUGAUUACGGUGAAUACUCACCGGUAAUCACUUCGCCUUCGGCGAAUAAUUGUUAAAUAUUCGGCGAGACGAAAUUUAAUAUUUUUACACAAACUUUUGUGUUUUUUGAGACUGAAUUUAUUUUAAUUUCGCUUAUUUCUUUGUCAGGAAACUUCCACAAAACGGGUAGCCGCCAUUUUGAAAAUUUCUGUUUUGUUAUAUUCACCUGGAAUUGAAUAUAACAGCUUAUUACAUCAAAUUUGACCAAUCAACGUGUAGGAUUUGUUAUGUGCAAAAAUACUAAUCAUUAAUAUAGCACUUUUUACUUGUGUUGCAUAGCAUUGACGAUGACGAGGAGCACGCAGCGAGCGUCGACAUUGUUGAAACAGAUCAAGUGCCCAUCGAAUACACCUAUCCAUCAAAUCCACACGUCAGUUUCUGUGAUCUGCCCGGUUAUGGUACACCCAGCUAUCCUGAUGUUGAAACCUACUGGAGAACACUUGAAUUAGAAAAGUUUGAUAGAUUUCUUAUUUUUAUUUCACUCCGAGUAACGGAACCUGAUCUGGCACUAAUAAAGAAAGUCAAAUCUAUUAACAAGCCAUUUUUUCUCAUUCGUACCAAGAUUGAUGACAAUGUCGAAUGUAUGAAGAGGAAACAAAAAGUUGUGUUCAAAGAGGAAGAUCUCUUGUUGGAAAUUAGGAAUUAUAUAUUGGAGCGGACAAGCCAUUUGUCAUGCGCUGAAGAAGACAUAUUCAUUAUCAGUAACUAUGAUCCGCGCAAAUGGGAUUUCUUCUCAUUAAUCCAAGCUAUAAUCAAUGUAAUGCCUGCUCCUGAAAUUGGUGAGUAG